GUAAUGGAGUCUCCGUAAAGUUGGAAUUCUGUAAGCAGAGCCGCCGCUGUAGUGGGUGCUCGACACUUAUCCCCGAAAUAUUAACUAUUUCGGCCACAUCUGUUCCCAUAUAUCAUACUUGCAGUGUAUUCAACCAUGGCUAAUAUUCAACCAUUUGACGAUUCAACAAUCGACGCUCUGGAGGGCCGGCAGAUCAUCCGGCGAUUCACAGAUGAGCUCGCGGGUUCCAACGAACUGGAGCGCUCAACUAAGGCAGCACAGACUCGUAUGGAUGAAGAGGAACAUGAGAAAGAACGGUUACGAUUGAAAUUGAUAUAUGAAAGCGGGGGAAACAGCGAGAAUGUGGACUUUAUCACCUCGGAUAUUGCCAGGGAUACGCUGAAGAAAAUGGUGGACAAGUUUGUCGAAGAAGAAAAGCCGUCGAUGCUGCAGCGCAUGGGAAUCCCAUACAGGUCAACCAAGCAAAAGGCGAGGGAUAUGCUCAAAGGCAUAAUAGAAAGCGACAUAGGUGAACUGAAGGCAUCUGUUGAUAGCUUAGAGGAAAAGUGGAAAGAAAACAAUGGGCCAGUUUACAAGGUCUUUAAGAAACUUUGUAAGACGCUUGAUGAUCACAAGUCGGUGUUCUCGAUAUUUCCGUCGCAGAAUGAAUAUACCUCAGUUUUGUGCUCAAGCAUUUCUUGUCUUGUCAAGGCUGCUAAGAAUCACUCCGAAAUUUCCGAAUUACUCUCUGAUUCCAUCACUCGUAUCUCAGAGAAGGUUGCCAGGGCCUCAAGAUACAACUUCAUUUUCAAAACUCAGGCGAUCAGGCUCAAGCUCGCCGACAUCUACACAAUCAUGUUCCAGUUCUAUUACAAGACGAUUAAAUGGUACCUAGAUUCGAAGCUGGCCAGAGCAUUUCACUCUUUCAACGAGACCCUCAAGUCGAGUUUUGAGAGCACCAAGACUAAACUCAAUGAAGAAAUCGAAGAACUGUAUCGAGAAGGCCAGAUCUGCAGUCACGCUAUGGUUGCCGUUCUGUACGGAAAGUUCGAGGAUAUGACAACGGCCGGCUAUCCAAUGAUUCAACUGAUGGAAGAAAAUUGGAGAGGAAGCAGGCCUCUUAGACAAGCAAACCUGGUUGAGUCCACAGAACGCAGGCAGUUAGCCAUAGAAUCUGUCCCCAGCGAGUCUGAUCAAACUGAGGAUACCGUAACUUUGGAUGAAGCCCGAGAAUAUCUUCCUACUCUAGAGAAAUUCAUUGUCGGCGAGGAAGGACCAGUUAACUUCGGUUCGGGGAGUUUCUGGGUAGCCGAAGAGACGGUGUUGCCAAGAUUGCGGGCCUGGAUGACUGAGGGUUCGGAGCCCCGCACAUUAUGGAUAUCAAGCCCUUAUGAGCCUACAGGCGUAACUAGCGCGCGCGCAUCAGCGCUGGCAGUGGUUGCUGCAGCAUGGCAGGCGAAGGCAUCGCUAAUCUCGCACUUUUGUAAGAGACCGCGACAGGACGAGUUGCGUAUAGGUAUGAGCACCGAACAGGUUGGAUUGAUGGGGUUGGUUUACAGUUUUAUAAACCAACUACUCAAGUUCAGCCGGGCAGAGGAUACGCUGAUAAUUAGCAAAGAGCUCCUUGGGGCAUUAAAUGGGGAGAGGGGAUCGUGGGAGGCGAGCUUAGAGGUUCUCGAACUGUUACUGAACCAAACACCGGUGUUGACAUACUGCGUGAUUGAUGGGUUGAACGAUCUGGAGUUGGGAGAUGGAAGCCAGUGGUGUAUCCAGCUCUUGAAAGUGUUGUUCGCGCGCCAGAAACUAGCAGGGACAACUUUUAACAUUCUCCUCACAACAGCAGGACAGUCGCAAAUUUUGGCGUCUGGAAUAAAAUUAGAGGAAAGACACGUCGCAACAAAGCCAGCCAGGGAGUUGGUGAGACGAGGGAAAAGAAUCGAGUUACAGCCCUCGUUACCGAAGUGAUGGAAAUGCUAGAAGGGAUGUCGCGUCGGGAUUAAUGGAGACUUUCAUGAUGGAAUGAUGAUCCUUGGAAACUUGAGCUUUUCCAAUAAAAUGCGCUAUCGAUUAUAGCGCAUACAGCGCUUAAGUUGCCAUCCACAUACCUUGAUCACAGCGCUCUGCUACAGCGAAUCCCUGCCAUAAAAAUUAGGCACCUAGUAGGCUCCUGAUUCUUAUACCACCACAACUUCAACUAACUCUCUCUGUGAAUAUUUACCGGG